AUGGUCCUUUCCGAGAAGAGCUCCAGGGCCUCGAGGCCUAAGAAAGAAUGCAGAAAAUGGGGCCUAUGGCCCCAGAGUUUCCCCUCCCCGGCCCUGUGCUGCGCCUGUGGCCUGGGGAUCAUGCUGGCGGGCAUCAACAUCACCUUGGUGGGGGCUUUCACUUUCAAGUCCUUCAUCCCCGCCAGCAACCCAUCCAUCGUCAUUGGGCCACUGCUCCUAAUAGUGGCUCUGUCCUUUUUUGGGGCAUGCUGCAUGUGUAGCCGACGGGCCCCGGCCCGCGAUACCCGCAAGGCCAAAGGGGGCGAGAGCUGGGGGCUGAUGCGGAUGGGGGCCGGCGCAACGUUUGAGAUGGAGACGAGCGAACACACACUGCAGGACACCACCGCCGUGCAGCUCAGUCCCACCAACUCCCUGACCUCCUCCCACAAGUCUAGUAACUCCACCCAUAGGGACACCCCUGCACUGCGGGCCUGUGAGGAUGACCCUGCCUCCAGGGCCUGUGAGCUCACCACCUCAGAGACCUAUAAUAUAGAUGUAACACCUGAUGACCAGGCAUUGACCACUGAGGACCAGGCAUUGACCACUGACAACCAGGCGUUGACCUCUGAGGACCAGGCGUUGACCUCUGAGGACCAGGCAUUGACCUCUGAGGACCAGGCAUUGACCUCUGAGGACCAGGCAAUGACCUCUGAGGACUAG